UUAGGCACCCGCACGGCAUUAUCAAUCCCCCUUCUCUCUCUCUUACAAAAUUAGCCCCAAAAUCUGCGAAACGAAUUUUGACAAUUCCUCAACAAAGAAAGAUGGGAACUCGAACCGGAGACGGAAUCAGGCGGUCAAAGGUCUUCACUUUGGUAGCGAUGUUGGUAUUGAGUUAUGUGAAGGACAUAACAGCGUUAUCGGUAACAGUUAACGAUGAGGAAUGCGUAUACGAAUACGUUCUCUAUGAAAACGACACUAUUUCUGGAAACUUCGUUGUUGUUGAUCAUGAUAUUUUCUGGAGCUCUGAUCAUCCAGGCAUCGAUUUCACUGUGACAUCACCCGGAGAAAAUGUUGUACACACAAUGAAGGGAACAUCUGGGGAUAAAUUUGAGUUCAAGGCCCCGCGAAGUGGGAUGUACAAGUUCUGUUUUAAGAAUCCUUAUUCAACACCAGAAACUGUCUCUUUCUACAUACAUAUUGGACACAUUCCCAAUGAGCAUGACCUUGCCAAGGAUGAACAUUUGGACCCCAUUAAUGUCAAAAUUGCUGAACUAAGGGAGGCAUUGGAGUCAGUUACUUCAGAGCAGAAAUACCUAAGAGCACGUGAUGCCCGUCAUCGUCAUACUAAUGAGAGCACAAGGAAGCGAGUUAUAUUUUACACUAUCGGAGAGUAUCUCCUGCUUAUAUUAGCAAGUGGGCUUCAGGUUCUGUAUAUUCGACAACUGUUCAGCAAGUCAGUUGGCUAUAACCGGGUUUGACAAAUUUAGGUUGUAGCAAGGCAGUUGGCUAGAGGAACUUAAGUUGUUCUCAUUACAGUUGAAGUUGAUAGAAAAACAUCGCUCUGUAGCAAUGUAAUUCUAAAUUAUUUGAAAGGAUUUUCUCAGUUCUCAAAAGCUAGUUUAACUUUCUGAGAAUGAUCGAUAUGGUUCGUUCGGGGGUACUAAAAAAUUCAGAUGGAUCCAUAGGACCAUAACGUUGGUUAUUGUUUCAAGGCAGACUUAAUUUUUCAAAUUAGGAUUUAUAAAACGUCGUCUUGAAAAUGCA